CCUCCCCUGUAGACUCUUCCCCCUCCACCUGCUUGAGUUUCAGGUUUUAACUAGAUGAAAGAUCCCGAUCAGAACCAGAACAGGAGCAAACUGAGGACCGGGUCAGUGCGGUGGUGACCUGAAGGUUCUCCUGGUUCUGGCAGACGUUCCCCUGCGUCAGGUGAUCGGGGAGGAAUGCGUCGCCUUCAUGCUGAACUGGAGGGAGAACGACUACCUGACGCUGCAGGUGCCUCCGUCUCUGGUCAUGAACAACCCAUACAUCAAGCUGGGCCAGCUCCUGGCCUCCACCUGCAAGGAGCUCCCAGGUCCUAAAGAGAGUCGGCGCACUGCCAAGGAGCUGUGGGAGGUGGUGGUGCAGAUCUGCAGCGUCUCCGUCCAGCACAAGCGCAGCAGCGACGGCCGCCUGGGUCUGAUCAAGCAGCGCGAAUCGUCUCUGGGCAUCCUGCAGCGGAGUAAAUUCAUCACCUUCACAAAGAAACUCAGAGAGCCGCUGGUGCUUACCACUCUGAUCUCGCUGUUUGUGAGACUCCACAGCAUCGUUCGGGACGACAUAGUGAACGAAGUGACAGCCGAGCAUCUCUCCAUCUGGCCAUCCUCUCUUCCAAACAUCCAGGCGGUGGACGUGGAGGCGGUGGCUGUGACGGUCAAAGAGCUGGUGUCCUACGCGCUGACGCUGAACCCCAACAACCAGGCCUGGCUCGUCACGCAGGCAGACAUCUACUUUGUGACCAAUCAGUACUCGGCGGCGCUCAGCUUUUACCUGCAGGCUGGAGCUGUGUGCUCAGACUUCUUCACCAAACCUGUUCCUCCUGAUGUCUACACAGACCAGGUUCUGAAGAGGAUGAUCAAGUGCUGCUCCAUGAUGAACUGCCACACACAGGUUGCCGUUCUGUGCCAGUUUCUCCGGGAGGUCGACUACAUGACGGCGUUCAAAGCUCUUCAGGAGCAGAACAGCCACGACGCCAUGGACUCCUUCUACGACUACAUCUGGGACGUCACCAUCCUGGAGUACCUGACUCAUAUUCACCACAAACGCGGCGAGACGGAGAAGAGGCAGAUCGCUGUGAAGGCCAUCGGACAGACGGAGCUGAACAGCAGCAACCCGGAGGAGGUUCUGCAGCUGGCGGCCCAGAAGAGGAAGAAGAGGUUCCUGCAGGCCAUGGCCAAACUCUACUUCUGAAAACACGCAGCAGCUGUUCAGUUUUAUAAAAUAAAGUGUUCAAACAAAGCAGC